CAGUUUAAGCCAUCCAAAAUUUUAUGUAGAACUGUUUCAUAAUAGCUUCAAUAAAUCAGACUAGAGCAUCUAUAAAAAACCCAUGGGGGUUGGGUUUUUUGUGAAUGUGUGAAACAAAACCACAUGGAGGUGAGAAAGAAGCUGUGAGAACUUUCUUUAGUGCAGUUUGAGAAAUGGCGCUGACUGUCACAUUUUUAACUUUUCUGUUGCUAGUCUGUGAACUUCAAAUGCAAGGUUCCUCUGCAGUGAUUGAUGUAUUUGUGAAAACUGGAGAUGAUUUAAUUCUCACAGAAGCUGAAAUUCCACCAAAUUCUCGCAUUUGGUUAUGGCAAUUUAAAGAUGAUAUACUGGUAGAGUUUUUGCAUGGUUCCCAACCAAAUGUUGUUAAGAAUCGCUUUGGAAAAGUUGAAGUUUUAGAAAAAAGUCAUAGUGUGAAAUUAAAGGAUCUACAGAAGUCACACAAUGGUAUUUAUAUUGCAAAGCUAGUAUCACCUAAAGAGCAAAUACUGGCUCAAUACAACGUUACAGUUCAAGAUGCAGUGUCUCCAGUUGAUCUCAACUUUACCUGCUCAUCCAGCUCCUCCUCCUAUAACCUGACAGCGACCUGCAGGACAGACAACAUCAGCAUCACUCUGAGAUGUGAUUAUUUAUUCUGCAGCAAGGAAAAGAGAAAUUUGGUCACCAAAUCUGGUUCUUCUCUUCAUAUCUACAAGUUGAAUGAGUCGGUUGUCUGUAACCAUAGCAACCAGGUCAGCAAGGUUGAAUCCAAAGAAAACAUUGAGAAUCGCUGCCCUCCACCUAGAAAACCCAGAAAAUAUUACUGGUAUUUUAUAUUGAUCCUGUUGGUUCUUCUUGUCUGUUUAAUUUAUUUUGGAUAUCGUAAAUGCAAGAAAGCAGGUGACAACGACAACUUUGACAACCCAGUAUAUUUUCAUUUUGUGGUAAACGAUCAAACUGAAACAUUGAAUGAAACGGCUGCGAACUCCACCGACAGCACAGUGGGGCCUUCUACGACUACGGGAGCCACCAAUACUAGAAGCAGUGACCAAAGAGACGAUGUGUAUGCACAGAUAGAAAAAAAAAAACUUCUAAAUGACUGAACUGGUGACUUUGAAAAGAACUGGAAGUAUGAUGUGGUGAGAUGCCAUUUAUCAUGUGAAAAGGCAGGCUGCUGUAUUUCACACACUCUGUAGAUGGUAUAGACAUGGUCCAGUUACUGAUCUCAGGGUUUUAAAAAGCUACGGUUUAAAAUAUAUGAAGAAUUUAA